AGAGGAGGAGGAGGUGGUGGAGGUGGAGAACGACGGCGACAAGGAAGGGGAAGAGCAAGGGCACGAAGACAGUCAGUCUCGGAUGAAAUUCGAGCCACUUUAGUUGACCAUGUCCUUGUCCAUGGGAUGACUAUGAGGGAGGCUGGGCAACGAGUACAACCAAAUUUGAGUCGCUUCACUGUUGCCUCCAUCAUCAGAACCUUCAGGGAGGAAAACAGGACACAGAGACGACCACCUGGUGGAGGCAGGUUAAGGCUUUUGUCGGAGGAGCAAGAGAGGGAACUUGUAAACAUGGUAAUUGCAAAUAAUGUAAUCCGCCUGCAAGAGAUUCAAAGGAGAGUGAUUGAGGAUGAUCAUCUUUUUCGAGGCAUAAAUGCCAUCAGCCUCUCCACAAUUGACCGCAUCCUCCGAAAGAAUCAAUUCCGGAUGAAACAGGCAUACCGAGUCCCUUUCGAACGAAACUCUGACAGAGUGAAAAACCAACGUGUGGAAUAUGUUCAGAGAAUCUUUGAGAUUGAAGGACGGCCUGUUCCCCAUGAAAUGAUCUUUGUGGAUGAGGCAGGUUUUAACCUGACCAAAAGAAGGAAAAGGGGGAGGAACAUAAUUGGCCAUCGGGCUAUUGUAAAUGUCCCUGGUCAGCGUGGGGGGAAUGUCACUAUGUGCGCAGCCAUCAGCCAACGAGGGGUACUCCACCGCCAUGCCGUACUAGGACCCUAUAACACUAUGCUUCUCCUUGCUUUUGUUGAUGGUUUAAGACAACAUAUGUUCCAGCUGGACUACAGGGAACCAGCACAGCCAGAGCAGCCUCACUACGUUGUUGUGUGGGAUAACGUCAGCUUCCAUCGCGCUGCUCUGGUUCGUGACUGGUUUACCAAUAACCCAAGGUUUUCUAAUAUCUUUCUGCCUGCAUACUCCCCCUUUCUAAACCCGAUAGAGGAGUUAUUUUCGGCAUGGCGGUGGAAAGUGUAUGACCGAGAACCUUAUGUCCGUGUUCACCUCCUUCAGGCCAUGGAAGAGGCCUGCCUAGAGAUAUCAGUAGAUGCAUGCCAGGGGUGGAUCAGGCAUGCAAGAGGAUUUUACCCCCGCUGCCUGGCUGGGGCCAAUAUAGCCUGUGAUGUGGAUGAGAUUCUCUGGCCUGACCCAGACCAAAGACAAGAUGCUGUGGUGGGAUAAUGUUUCUGGUGUGUGUUGUACUGUAUAGUACAUGAAUGACAAUGUGCCACUGUACAUACAUUGGUUGCGUCUUUUGUGUUUAUCAUGUGACAAGGGUUUUGAAGGGGAGAACCAUAAGCAACCUAAUUGUUUUGGAACUAUUGUUUUGAAUUAAUUGUACCAGUGUGCAAAACUCUGUUGUAGUGUGUGUGUUUUUGAGGGCUUGUGUUUGAUGUCUGAGGGCAAAGUUCGGUUUUUCAGCAGGAGUGAAUAGUUUUGGGUGUAGAGCUUCAUUUUGACCUGGAAAUAGGAUGUUUGGGGAAUUGAGUGAGAUGUUAUGGAUUUGUGUUUACUGUUGUGCGGAUAUGAGGCGUAGUUUCAAGAAAUGUGUUUUAGCAAUCGAGAAAAACUGUAAU